UGUUUCUGUGCAUUGGAAUGCAUAAUGUUUUUUAAAGAUGAUUUAUUAAACUAGAUAAUCUAGCAUGGAUGAGUAGUAUGCAAGCUUGAUGGUAGCAACCGUAGCAUUUGGAAAUUCAGAAGUUUAGAGUUUACCGUUAUACCAAGGUAAGAUUGCUUCUUUACAACUUGGAAGACUAGGGUUAGAGUCAUGGAAACAACUUAUUUAAAUAUUUAAAAGUAAGACUACGUACAUUGACCCUCCCUAGACCCGUAUUGGAGGCUUCAUAUUUAAAGAUAAGGUUACAUACAUUGAUCUUCCCUAGACCCCUCAAUGGCGAGUUGUUAGUCGGUAAUCAAUCUGGAGCGACUUGGGCGAGGACUGGGCCGGCGAGUCGCCAAUCGAGAAUCGAUCUGGAGUGACUCGGGCGAGGACUGGGAUAUGCAUGUGAUGCACAUGUGGAGUGGAAUCAUUUGUAAAGCAAGAAAUGACUAGGAGCAAUUCAUAUCUUAUCAAUGUUACUAUGCGAUGCAAAUAGUUGUGGAUUUUUGGCCCACAAAUCAUCUCUAGUGUCGACCAAAAGAAAAAAUAACUCAUAUCUUUACGUCAGGUAGAGAUGCAUGCAUGCAUGCAUUUGAAAUUUGGCUUUCAGAUGCAUGCAUUCAAUUCUAACACUCAUUUGGCUUUCAGAUGCAUGCAUUCAAUUCUAGCACUCAAAAGAAGAGACUAUGAUUAAUCAUACCAAUUGUAAACCAAAAAAAAGGAAAUACUCUGAUUAUUGCGAAGAAUUUGCAUUUAUUCGAAAUUAUUUUAAGAGGAGAUGUUAGUGUAUUGUUGGAAUAAGCUAACACUAAUCUUCAUUAACGAAUCAAAAGGGAAGCUUUCCGUAAGUACGUGCAUGCAUGCAUAAGGUUGAUUGACACCAUGCAAUAUACUAAUCGUUUUACUUGAGAGAAAAAAAGGGGAGGGAUUAAAUAACAUGGUUUAUGUCUCCUCUCAGAUGGCCUCAUCGAUGCCAAUGAUCAAAGUAAUAAUGCAUCUCAAUAUCGCGUUCGAUUUCUUCAUUAUUGAAUGCACCAACACUCAAACAUUAUGAAUCUUAUCUAUACCUCUCUCUUACAACUCAUGCUUCAUCGUAUAUACACAACUUAAUUUGUCUCGGACCCAAUUUCCCAGUCAAGAUGAAAAGGAGUUGUCAGCAAAGAUGCUCGACUGCACAUAUUAUUUUGUCAUGAAACAAUGGAAAGGGAUAGGAGAAACGUGCAUGUAACAACAUCUGAGAGGAGCACAAAAUAAUCACAUAAAAGUGGAGGGAACGGGCGCCACCCAGCCCGUUGACCCAUGAAACCAAGCUGGUUUUGGAGGCAAUCAUUGAAGAACUGAGUCGAACGAGGAGGAGGAACUCGAUGUUCCUCCCAUCAAAUGUAUGGAAGUGGAACGUCGGUGGUGUGGUUGUUGACUAGAACGAGAAAGAGGAGGAGAAGCUUAAAAGAGAUAUAGUUAACGGCGUUUCUUUUAAUUGUGCAUUUAGCUAGAUCCAAACAGAAGAGCGGAUCAGCUCAUGUCUGCUGGAUCUCGAUCCGUAACCAUCGAAUGAAAUGAUCCGACCCGUUUAAUUUGACUGGCGGAAUUAUGGGUCGAGUAUACAGACCCGCUAGCAAGUCGGGUCGGAUCUAAACACAACUUUAAACGUUUUAGGGGGGCUGAGGCAGUGAAUAAGGUUUCUGUGAAAUAUUUAGCUUGUUUGGGGAUCUAAACACAACUUUUAACGAUUAGUUGGUCUUCAUACUUGUGUCAUUAUCCUAAAUUAGGUUUGCUGUGAAAUAUUUAGCUUGUUUGGGGAAACAAUCAAAGAUCAUCAUACGAGGUUGUUUCUCGUUUGAGAGAUGCAUUGCGUGUGCUUGAGCUGUCCGAGAUGUCUAGGGUUUGAUAUGUUUUUGUGGUGUAUGGUGACUUGUUAUUUUGUUUCUUUUCAUGUAGAUAUCUGUUUAUAAUUCGUUUGCAUCCUCUUUUUUUUCAGAUCUGAAAGUGAAAUCACUUGGUCCUUGGAUGUUUCUGCUUCUGUUUCUUGUCGUUCCGAACUUGGCUCAGUCCCAGAUACUCUUCCAGGGCUUCAACUGGGAGUCGUGGAGGCAACAAGGCGGUUGGUAUAACUUCUUGAAAGACAAAGUCUCUGAUAUAGCCAACGCUGGAGUCACCCACGUCUGGCUGCCUCCGCCCUCGCACUCUGUCGGCGUUCAAGGUUACAUGCCGGGGCGGCUCUACGACUUGGGUGCUUCCAAGUAUGGGAAUCAGGAUGAGUUGAAGGCGCUGAUCGGCGCUUUCCACGACAAGGGAGUCAAAUGCGUGGCCGACAUCGUCAUCAACCAUCGUUGCGCAGACAAGCAAGACGGGAGAGGCAUAUGGUGCAUCUUCGAAGGCGGAACCGAUGAUGCCCGCCUCGACUGGGGUCCACACAUGAUCUGUAGGGACGACACACAGUACUCCGACGGCACCGGCAACCUCGACACCGGCGAGGGCUUCGCGGCGGCUCCCGACAUCGACCACCUCAACACGCAGGUCCAGCGUGAGCUCACGGACUGGCUGAAUUGGCUCAAGACUGACAUCGGCUUCGACGGGUGGAGGCUUGACUUUGCCAAGGGUUACUCCUCAAGCAUCGCCAAGAUCUACGUCGAACAGACGCAGCCAAACUUCGUGGUGGCUGAGAUCUGGAAUUCAUUAGCUUACGGAAACGAUGGGAAGCCAGCAUACGAUCAGAACGGCAACCGCCAAGGGCUGGUUAAUUGGGUUCAGCAGGUCGGAGGCCCAGCGACGGCCUUCGAUUUCACCACAAAGGGAAUACUACAAGCUGCCGUGGAAGGUGAACUGUGGAGGAUGCGUGAUCCCCAGGGGAAGGCGCCCGGCAUGAUGGGGUGGUGGCCGGAGAAGGCUGUCACCUUCGUCGACAACCACGAUACCGGUUCGACGCAAAGGUUGUGGCCUUUUCCUUCUGAUAAGGUCAUGCAAGGCUACGCUUAUAUACUCACGCAUCCGGGAGUCCCUUCCAUCUUCUACGACCACAUGUUCGACUGGGGAUUGAAGGAGAAGAUAACUCGGUUGGCUAAAACCAGAACACGAAAUGGAAUUCAUUCGGGUAGCGCUCUCAACAUUCUGGCCUCUGAUGCUGACCUCUACAUGGCAAUGAUCGAUGGGAAGAUAUUGACAAAGCUAGGCUCGAGAUACGACGUGGGGAAUCUCGUUCCUUCCAACUUCCACGUCGUUGCCUCUGGCAAUGACUACUGCGUGUGGGAGAAGAGAUGAAGAUGAUGAUGAAUCAUGGAAGAGACUUUUCGCUUUCUCGUAUGUGUUGUAAGUAAGAAAAAAAUAUCGUGUUCCCACAUGUACAUUUAUCCAUCCUGCUUGAGAAAAGUUAUAGAAAUGCUAUUUUAUAUAA